CUUGUCAUGGUAAUAUAUAGGUAUAAUGUAAUAGUAAUACGAAGCGAGCCGAAUGAAUCUAGCUAGCAUCAAAAUGCCCACACCUGUGAUAACGAGACUUCCAGACGAGUUGGUUGAACAUAUUCUGUCAUUCGUUCCAGGUAAGGAGUUGCAUGAGACUGUUAAGCUCGUGUGUAAGCAGUGGUGUCAGUUGGUGUCCAGCAGUGUAGUGUUAUGGAAGCUUAAAUGUCACAUGGAUGGAAAAGUUAUUCCGCCACUUGUCCAAAUAACCAAUGUACCAGAUUUGGUUAGGAUAUACCAGAAGAAUCCUUAUGGACGAAGCCUCAUAACAAACUCAAGUGGAGGGCAAAGUUCCAUGAAGUGCUGGGAUAUCUUGAGUAAUGGAGGGGCCCACUGGAAAAUUGAGAAAAAACCUAUAGGCUGUGAUGAAUUCCCACUUGCAAGUCAAGGAGAGACAACAUGCUUUGCCACAUCUUUUGAAGCCUGUGCAAAGAUGCAGCUGAUUGACCUAAUACAGUCAGGAUGUGGCGAGGAAGUCCUAGACGUUCAACAACCACCAAUAGAAGUGUCAGAAUGGCAUGCAUCACGUUUUGACUGUGGGAGUAUUUACUGGCUAAAGGCAUUUCUUCUGGAUAACAGAAAGCGUGUAAUUCGGGGAUUCAACUCGGCACCAUUACAAGAAGAGCAAUGGCUUGGAAGAUCUUGGUCUCAGAUGAAAUACAUUUUUAGAGAAUAUGGACCUGGAGUGAGAUACGUAGCAUUUAUUGACUAUGGCAAGGAUACUCAGUUUUGGGCUGGCCAUUAUGGUGCCAAGAUGCAGGGAGCCACUGUGAAGUUUCACUUUGAGAGUUUUGGUGAUGCAACAAUAGCAAAAAAUCACCCUAUGGAAAUAAAAGCUGGACCUUUUAAUCCAAACAUCUACUUGUAGACAAUAUGGCAGGAAAACGGACCCAGACGUUAUACCACUUGUGUGUUAUAUACAUACGUGUUUAGUUUUAAUGAUAUAUAACGUGUAGGACUGUAGCUAGGUGUUCCUAUCGUAUUUUUUCAUUCCCAUUAUUCUGUGACGUAGGAGCUAUGGUAUGCCAACAAGACUGUUAAUUAAGUAAACAUUGUGAUAUAUGCAUUUAUUCUCGUUAUACAACCACUUUAAAAAUCGGGGUUCAAAUAAAUUUUUGUUGAAAUAGA